AUGACGAUGCGUACCGAGACGAUCCGUGCGCCGGUCGUGCCUAGCAGCAAGCUCCUCGCGUCGCCCGAGGUCCGCGCCCCGCACGACGACGACGACGAUGCAAACUCGACCGACAAGAACGAGUCGGACGAAGACGAGGCGACCAACCAAGCCUCGGACGCGCCGAGCAACCAGAGCGACAACGACGACCGUGCUGCGCCACGCCGCACCACCGCCUACUACACGAUCUACUACCCGGCCUGCGCCGAGCGCUCCAUGUACCAUGGCACGUACCAGAAUUUGCCGCUGACAACGCGCUUGCCGCCGGCCUCGUACGUGCAAGUCGUGCUCGCCGCAUCCUCGGGUGCGCUUUGCGUGGCCACGGACCUUGCAAUUACGUUUGUCGACUGCGCGAACGGCGUGGCGGCGCCGCGCCUCUGCCUCCGCGGCGAUUCCCAUGAUUUAUGUGCGGUGUUGCAGGCAACCGACUUUCGGGCUCCGGACGCUGCGAGCGGCGUCGCAACGGUCGAAAUGCACAUCUCGACGAUCCUUCGCGCCGAGCCCACGCUCAAUGCCGCUGCGUCCAAGCUCUGGGUACGAACGGGCGGUGCGCGCGUCGACAUGGAAAAUACGGCCAGCCUGUCGCCCCGUCGUCGGCAGAGCCUUGCGUACAACACGAGCGUGACGUACGUCCCUGCCGUCAAGCACACGGUGCACGAGAUCCCCAGUGGCCUUUGGGUGCCCAAGCGAUUGGUGAUGCCCACGUCGCCCGUCGCCUCGGUGUCGACAUUUGAUGAUGACGUGUCGAUCCAGUCGAUGCUCGACAACUGCGAAGCCGAGCUCUACGUCGCGCCGUCUUCGAGCCGAACGACGUACUACACGCUGCACUACCCGAGCCGCGCCGAAGCCUCCAUGUGGUCGGGCGCGUGGUCGCACAUCCCGUUCUCGCCGCUCUCGACGCACGCGACCCAUCAACAAGUCGUCCACGUCUCGACGUCCGAAGGGCAUUUGCGCUACGCAGCUUCCACGUCGAGUGCGAUUGCGACGACAGGCAGCGAGACGCGCGUCCUCGCGCUGCAAGGCCAUGCGACGGACCUCAACGCUGCCCUCCGCGACGUCCUCUUCGUAGCGCCGAGCACCGCCGGCGGUGUCGCCACCAUCCAAAUGGAGAUCGCACCGGCUGCAUUGACCGCGCCGACGCCCACAGCCACGUUGGAGCAACCUGCCGAUGACCCUGCCCAGCACCAAGGCAGCAACUGUCUCGGCUACGUUGACGGUCUCGGAAGGCACUUUGAGAAAAGAAGCCGCCGACCACGCGACGACGGUGACGCUUGA